CCCACCCACCCACUUUUCAACAUGUCCGACACCGAAAAAGCUCCAGAAGUUCCACCCCCCGCCGUUGAGAAGCCUCGCUCUACCGCUGAGGCCGACAUCACAAAAUACAAAGCUGCAGCUGACAUCGUCAACAAUGUCAUGAAAAAGCUCGUUGAGCUCUCCGUUGAGGGCGCGAAGGUCAUCGACAUUUGCACCGAAGGAGACAAAUUGAUCGAAGAGGGGACAGGAUCGGUAUAUAACAAGUCUGUAAAGGGUGUCAAGAUCAGCAAAGGUCUUGCGUUCCCCACAAGUGUAUCCGUGAACAACUGUGUCGCCCAUUUCUCUCCACUUGCUUCGGAUCCCCUCUCUUCCCAAGUCCUCGCCAAGGGCGAUGUCGUAAAACUCCACACCGGUGCCCACAUCGACGGUUUUGCCUCCAUCAGCGCUGAGACGAUCGUCGUUGGAGCCUCAGAGUCAGAACCCGUCACUGGGCGCCAGGCCGAUGUGAUCAAGGCGGCGUGGCAUGCGGCUGAGGCUGCAAUGCGGUUGAUCAAGGUCGGGAACAAGAACUGGGCGGUGACGGAUGCGGUGGCGAAGGUCGCUCAGGCGUGGGAUUGCAAGCCUGUCGAGGGAAUGUUGUCGUGCCAGCAAUCGCAAAACGUCAUCGAUGGCAAGAAGCGCAUCAUCCUCAACCCUUCGGAAGGGCAGAAGAAGGACUUCGAGGCUGCCACCUUUGCUGAGAACGAGGUUUACGGCAUGGACAUCCUCAUCUCGAGCGGCGAAGACGGCAAGGCACGGUUGGAGGAGUCCCGGACGACGAUCUACCAGAGAGAGGCGAGCGUAACCUACCAGCUAAAAAUGAAGACAUCGCGUGCUGUCUUCUCGGAGGUGCAAAAGAAGGCCGGACAUUUCCCCUUCAACGUUCGUGUACUGGAGGAUGAGAAGAGGGCUCGUAUGGGUUUGCAGGAGGCCGUCCAGCAUGCCCUCGUCAAGCCUUACGAGGUCAUUUACACUCCCUCAAACACCUUCGUCGCCGGCUUCCACUUCACCAUCGCUCUCCUCCCUGCUGGUCCCAUUCUCCUUACCCACCCUCCAGUAUGGUACAAGCCCGAGUUGGUCAAGACCGAGAAGGAGCUCGAGGAUGCCGAGCUGAAGGAGCUCCUGACGAAGAAGCUGAGAGAGCCGAAGAAGAAGGACAAGAAGAAGGCCGCCGCGGACGGAGAGGAGGCCAAGGCGGAGUGAACGUCCACUCAAAAACAUUUCUUGGACAGUGAUGCAUAACGGGGGCAGAGAAGACGAAUAGGGAGCCACGGACGUUCGGCAAUGAACUUGAACUUGAACACAAAGAUGUAGUGCUACGAUGUUAUGGUGUUGUAGGCUGUCGCCCCAGAUGUAUCGCCACCGAAAUCUUGUAUCAGAAGUCGAAAGUAAAAUCGAAAGCAUAAUCUUUCGCAACUUUGGCUCAUGACCGGC